AUGGCAUACACUUUGCGAGAACCUAGGAGUCUAAAUGAAAAAAUGGGCAAACCAUUAGUGAUUUUGCAUGGAAUGAUGGGUUCUAAGCAAAAUUGGAAUUCUAUAUCUCUCAUGUUGAAGAACGGUUUAGAUCAUUCCAGAGAGAUAUACAUGAUGGACAUUCGAAAUCAUGGAGAAUCACCCAAUGUUCCGGAGCAUAAUCAAGAAUUAAUGAUACAAGAUUGUCUUCAUACUUUUAAGCAUUUAAAACUAGAAAAACCGAUAGUUCUUGGCCAUAGUAUGGGCGGUCGCAUUAUGAUGCUUUUAGCUCUAAAACAUGAAUCAAUAAUAUCUGGUUUAAUUGUGGUAGAGAUGUCUUAUCACUCAUAUUCGGACACUCAAGAGCUCAUGAUCGAACUUGCUAAUUUUAUGAGGCAAAUAACAUUUGAAGAUGUGAAUAAUUCUCUUCCUCAAGCCAGAGCAAAAGCACAUAAAAUACUUGCACAGAAAGUCAAAAGCAAAUUUAUGAGAAAUUUUUUGGUAAAAAUUAAAUGGAGACUUAAUCUGGAAGUUUUAGGAAAAGCAAAACCUCAAGGCUUUCCUGAAUAUGCAUUCAAACUAAAAUAUCCAGGUCCUUGCAUCUUUUUAGGAGGAAAUGAAUCACAUUUUGUUCAGAAAGACGAUCUUAUUGUUCUAAGAAAAAUGUUUCCUCAGGCUGAAUUAUAUAUUUUAGAAGGUGGUGGUCAUUUGUUGCAUGUAGAUAGACCUAGAGAAUUUGUUGCCAUUGUUACAAAUUUUCUUAAUAAAAUGAUAAAGCAAAAUAUUUGA